UGUUUGCCUAGCUAACUUGUUAGCCUACCUUAGCCCUCCUUCCUUUAUGCUUGCUAGCUAAGUAACUAUAUGCUAUAGGUAGUACUAAGACAACACCAGCAAACUAUGGACUACGCCAGUUUUGCUGGGAAAGUGAUGUAUUAAUAUCAAAACCUAACAAGUAUACUGUAACAAACUACUUUCAUAUAUAUUUGGUUUUGUGAGAAAAUGACAACAGACAAUGGGCCUAACUCUGCUACUAUACUGAAAGAUGUUGUUGCAUAUGUUGAUGUGUGGUCAUCAAGUAAAACAGAGAAUUACUCAAGACCCUUCAUCCACCAGCUGCAGGCUAUGGGAGCUGAGGUUUCUAAAACCUUUAACAAGCACGUCACCCACGUAGUCUUUAAAAAUGGACAUCAAGCCACCUGGAAUAAAGCCAAGAAGACUGGAGUGAGACUUGUGUCUGUCCUCUGGGUGGCCAGAUGUAAAGAUGAUGGUGAACAUGUUGAUGAAGAGUUGUGUCAGGCAAUAAAUGAUGAAGGCAAUCCAGCAUUCAAGAAAAAAGCGCAUCGUUGUAUGCAGCCUAGAGACACUCCUGAGAGGACUCCCGAGAAUGACAGACGCAUGAAGAAGAAACUGGACACGAUGAUCAGAGAUUUAGUACCAAAAUCUCCUUUCAUUACAGACGUGUCUCCGUACAUUAUUGAUGAAGAGAAUGGAAUAGUUUACAGUCCUUCGUUGAAACGGUCUGACGCCAUGGCACAACGCCUUCAAGAAAUGAGAGAGAAAAGGGAAAACCUCUCCCCCACUGAUUCACAGGUGGUAGAAUGUAGGUUAUCACCAGAGUUCAGUGCUUCUUUUGGGGAAACACCUUCCCGCUCUUUCUUUCCACAAAUGGACCAGGAAUCAGAUUAUGAUUUGAAUGCUUCUUUGGGUGAUCAACCUGGUCACUGCUCAAACAAGGAAGAUGGACUGAAGGAACGUCAAGCCACAAGUGAACCACUGGACAACAAAGAUUUUCAGCAAUCACAGAUGUCACCUUGCGUUGAUGUGGCCAUACAAAAGACAUUGGUUCAGAGUCCUUUGCCUGAAUCAAUGGCUAAAGAAAAAGAGAGUAAACAAGGCAAAAAGUCUAAGAGGACCCAAAUCAAAAGUGAUUGCUUGGAUGCUUGCACGGAAGGUAGCGAGAUUGUGAGAACAUUGUUUACAUUUGACAGUUCCAUAGUGGAAAAACGUAGCCAAUCAUCUAGAAGAUGUAACCUGUCGAAAGUCACACCACCCUUCAGGAAAAGCACAACAAAACAGUCCCUUUCUGAAAGUAAGCCAACUGCUAAACUGGAUACUUCUUGCAUUUUUAGUCACAGUUCUUCAAGUUUAGCAGAAAACCCCAAUGUUCAUAAUUUUCCAUCACUAGAGAUUCCCACACCAAAAUUAAAAGUUGGCCAAAAAAGAAAGUUAUCGCUUCCUGCCUUAGCACAAUCAUGCACUGUCUCAAAUUAUUCUGACUCUUGUGCAAAUGAUGAUGAUGAGGUAUUUGAAGACUUCUUUUCUCCUGCUAACAACCCUGGGAAACGACAAGGUCGACUUUUGCCAAGCUUGUCACCCAACACUAAUAUUCCUUUUGAACUAGAGCAUCAUUCUAAGCCUUGCAAGAGGAAGAGAGACAAUAUGAAAACUACAAGGUCUGAUUCUGCUAGUGCCAAAUCGGGUAAACAUGAGGUGCCGUGUGUGAACGAACUAUCUAACCGUGUAAACAGCAUGUUUGAUCAACGUGAACUUGGGCAACUGGACACAAAGAAACGUCCAUCCUCAGGGGACAAUAAUACUAAACAGACUGUGAGUAAAAGAAGCCGGCAGAGCACAUUGUCGUUCUCCAGUGUGCUUACGCACUCAACAGAUGAACUGACCCGUGUCCCUAAUGAGCAAAACCCUUCAACUGGUCCCACACUCCUUUCAGAAUCAAGUUUGGCAGUGUCCAGCCAAAGAGCAGACAAGCGAAGAAGGUCAACUUUCUUACCUCUUCACAAGAAUAGUCAUGGGAAAUGUAUUACAAGUGUGGAAAUUGUAGGCCGAGGAACUGAGAAUGCUCCAGCAACUGUCACAGAUACAAUUUCUGACAAUUUAAGCCAACAGCAAAGGAAAGUCAAUGUGGUGGACAAGAGAAUGGAGAGAAAUACAAAGACUCUAAGGACAUUAGUUAUGACCAGCAUGUCCACCGAAAAGCAGAACACGGUGACUCAGGUGGUCAGUGCUCUAGGUGGGUUCUCUGUGGUGGAUGAGGUGUGUGAGAGUACUACCCAUGUGGUGUCAGGGGGCAACCGACGCACCCUCAAUAUUCUCCGGGGCAUAGCCCGUGGCUGCUGGAUCCUGUCUUUUGAGUGGAUUCUGUGGUGUUUGGAGCAAGGACAGUGGAUUCCAGAAGAACCAUAUGAACUUUCAGAUCAGUUUCCUGCAGCACCUAUCUGCCGUCUACAGCAGCACCUGUCUGCAGGGGAACACCAGCAGGACCUCUUCCUGGGUCAUCCUGCUAUGUUUGUCUCUCGGGACACCCAGCCUCCUGCCCACAGUCUGGUGGAGCUCAUCCAGUUGUGUGGGGGCACAGUCUGCAAAACGGUUCGGCAGGCAGGCCUAUGCAUUGGGGAGUACCAUGGCAAGAGACCGGAGGGGAGCAGGAUUGUCUCCGAGCAGUGGGUCCUGGAUUGUAUCACACAUCUCAAGCAACUGCCAUACGAGAACUAUGACUUGGAAUGAAAAAUCCCUAUAAUAUGAAAUUGGACUCAAAACACUGAGGGCCCAGAUGAAAAUGUAUUCUUUAUUUUCUUGAAUUUGAAGUCUGACGGUGAUCUGUAAUUGCAUUAUAUUUAAUAAAAUGUUUGUUUUGUUUA